CUUCUAAAACGCAUCGCGCCUUUCGUGCUUAGCGAGAUAGGCGUUGGGCAUCUUUGCCUGUCGAAUGACCGUCUUGUAAUAUUUUCAAAAUCAUAGACGCGCUGUUGCGCACACGCGACAAUGGGAAAGCUUAUUCGACUUGAGCUCUCCAAUUUCAAGUCCUAUAAGGGACACCAUGUCCUCUUGUUCGGUGACUCGUUCUUCACUUCCAUCAUAGGGCCGAAUGGCUCCGGCAAGUCUAACUCGAUGGACGCGAUAUCAUUCGUUCUCGGCAUAAAAUCGUCUUACUUGCGUUCUUCCAAUGUUAAAGAUCUCGUAUACCGCGGGCGCGUCCUGAAAACCUCAAAAAUUAACGCCGACGGCGACGCAGUCGACGGUCCGGAAGCGAUCGGUCAAGCCAAUGGCGAGGCCGGGUCCGAUGAUGAGACGCCGACGCAGCGCAGCUCGCAACGGAAUGAUCCCACCACGGCAUGGGUUAUGGCCGUUUACGAAGACGACGCAGGAGACGAGCACACGUGGAAGCGAUCUAUCACAAGCAGCGGACAAACCGAAUACCGCCUGAACAAUCGUCUCGUAACUGCGAAACAGUAUACCGACGCUCUUGAGGCGGAGAACAUUCUAGUAAAGGCACGCAACUUCCUAGUUUUUCAGGGUGACGUCGAGUCUAUUGCUUCCCGCUCGCCGCGCGAACUCACGCAACUGGUUGAACAGAUAUCGGGCAGUUUAGAAUUUAAGGCCGAGUAUGAGCGGCUGAAGGAAGAGAUGAUCAAGGCUGAUGACGAGCACGCAUUCAAACUUCAGCAGAGGCGUGCUAUGAAUACCGAGAUUAAACAAUAUCAAGAACAGAAGCGAGAAGCAGAGGCGUACGAACGGAAACUCACUGAGCGCGAUGCAGCCAUUGUCAAUCAUGUCUUGUGGAGGCUCUUCCGCUUCCAGAAAGCCAUCGAGCAAUCCAGUGAAGAGAUCCAAAAACACCAGGAAGAACUGAAGGAGUUCCGACGUGCUCAGCAAAAGUACGAAGAGAAGCUCGAGGAGGCCAAGCGCGAACAAGCCAUAGCGGCCAAAGAAGUUUCGAAGAUCGAAAGAGCCAUCAAGAAGAAGGAGAAGGAGGUGGAGGAGAAAGAAAACAGUUUAAUCCCCAAGGACACACAACUUGCUCAGUCAAACCAGCGGAUAUCUGAGCAGGAAGAGCGUCUAAGGACAAUAGCCAAGGAUCGUGAUAAGUACAAAGCAGAUGUCGAAAAAUACGAGAAAGAUCUUGCUAUGAUCAAAAAGGCUCAAGCACGCUGGGAGCAGGAAUGGAACCGGGUUCAGCAGCAACAAGGACGGGCGUUAACUGCUAAUGAUCUGGCCGAGUACAACAACCUUCGACGCGAAGUCAGCAAGGCUACGGCCACGCAGCAGAUAGAGGUGGACAAUCUUACACGCAAAUUGAAGACGGACGAGGAAACGGCGAGCAACCUCAAGAUGCAGAUUGAGAAACACGAAUCCAAGCUCAGGGAGAUUGAAGAACUCUACAGCCAGCUUAAGGAAAGACACGCUACGAAGAGCGCACAGCUAAAAUCAACUAAAGCAGAGAUUGAUAAGAAGAAAACGGAAUACAACACGUUGCAAUCUGAUAGGGUACGUAAUGAGCAACGUCGUCGUGAGAAGAUCGAGCAGUUCGAGGAGAUCGCUCGCAGGUUGGAUGAAGCUCGAGGCCAUCAGCAAGCGUCACGCAAAGAACAGGCAGCAAGGGAAUUGGUCCGUGAGCUUAAAUCUCUGUUUCCAGGCGUGAAGGGCCGUCUUCAUGAACUGUGCCGACCAAAGCAGAAGAAAUACGAGACCGCCAUGGGCGUCGUGCUUGGCCGACAUUUUGAUUCUAUUGUGACAGACACUGAGCAGACCGCGAAUGACUGCAUUGCUCACUUCAAGAGCAAGCGAGCCGGCUGGAUGGCCUUUAUCCCGCUGGAUACCAUCCAGGUCAAGGCGGUUAACGCAAGUUUGAGGGGCAUGCACAAAGGCAUGCGCCUUGCCAUUGACACGAUUGAGUUUGAUAGCGCCUAUGAACGAGCAGUUCUUUACGCAUGCGGAAAUUCGAUGGUCUGCGAUUCAAUGGAAGUUGCCAAGUAUCUUUGUUUCGAGCGCAAAGUUCAAGCUACUGCUGUCACUCUUGAUGGCACUAAGAUUCAUAAGGGUGGUCUGAUGACCGGCGGUCAAGGUCGUCAAGACAAGCAAGCUAAGUGGGAUGACGCUGCGACUGCUGGUCUGACUCGUACUUUCGAAAAAUUGGAAGCUGAAAUCAGAGGCCUCGAUCCCUCCAACGACCGGAGACGUGCCCAUGAAGAGGAGACUCUGCAGAGUGAACUGCAUGGAUUAGAGAUGCGUUACAGUGAGCUCUCAGAAGAGGUCAAGGCCCUGGAGCGGAACCUCAAAGACAAGAAAAAGGAGAUUGACUUUGAGAAGGCGCAGCUCAAAGAUCUCCAACCUAAGUAUAAACAACAAGCUCAGGCUGUCGACAACUUGCGCCAGCAGCUUGAAAACUAUCAGAAGUUCAUCAGUGAUGUUGAGGACCGUGUUUUUGCCUCGUUCUGCCAACGUCUCGGUUACAGCGACAUUCGCGCGUACGAAAAGCAACAGGGAUCGCUCCAGCAGGAGGCAUUGAUUGAGAAGCAAAAGUUUGCCACGCAAAUUCAUGGCAUCGGAAACAGGCUGGUUUUCGAGAAGACGCGUCUGCAGAAGUCCGAGGAUAGAAUCAAGGCUCUUCAAGACUCCAUCAAGCGCGACAAGGAGACUGUGAAGGGUCUCGAGGCGGAAAAGAGAGGGAUACAAGAUGAACUUGAUACCCUACGAGCUGAGCUCGACCUGCUGGCAGAGCAAUUGGCUGAGCUUCAGGGCAAGGCUGAGGAGCAAGCAAGCAAAGUUGAUGAGAUCCGCCGUGAGUUCGAAAAGCGUAACAAAAGCGUUGCAGAGAGACAGCGGCGGCUUAGCGAGCUCGAAGCCGAAAUUGCCAAGAAUCGCGCUGAGCAUUACUCACUUCUACGACAAUGCAGAAUUGAAGAGAUCAAGAUUCCGUUGACAGAUAAUUCGAGGCCGCUUUCAGAGCUCCCGCUUGUGACUGGGGAUGCAGAUGGCGAUGCCAUGGAUGUGGAUGUGGACACGACUCUCACGGUCAAUGCAGCUGAUGAUUUUGGCAUUGAGGUCGACUACGAUAAGCUUGACGCGGAGCUCCGAGCGGACAGCUCCGAGAAGAUGGAAGAAGCACUGAAAGAAAAGAUUAAGAACAUCGAGCACGAGCUCGAGAAGAUGGCACCGAACAUGCAUGUUGCCGAACGGUUGGCGAGCACUGAACUCCGCCUCAAGGAGGCCGAUAGGGAGAGACUGGCGGCGCAGCGCCGCGCAAACCAAGCAAAAGAAGACUUCGAACAUGUCCGUUCGCAGCGCAAGCAGCUUUUCGAGAAGGCGUUCAAUCACAUCAAGGAACAAAUCUCGACUACGUACAAGGAGCUCACCAAGAGCCAGCAGACACCACUUGGUGGACAGGCGUACCUGGAUGUUGAAAAUGAAGACGAGCCUUACUUGGAAGGUGUCAAAUACCACGCCAUGCCCCCCUUGAAGCGGUUCCGAGACAUGGAGCACCUGUCUGGCGGUGAAAAGACGAUGGCGGCGCUGGCAUUGCUGUUCGCUGUGCACAGCUAUCAGCCCAGUCCGUUCUUUGUGCUGGACGAGGUUGAUGCGGCGCUGGACAAUGCCAACGUGGCCAAACUCCUGGCGUACAUUCAGCGGCACAAGGGGCCUGGCAUGCAGUUCAUCGUCAUCAGUUUGAAGGCUGGUCUGUUUGAAGGGAGCGAGACCUUGGUCGGCGUCAUGAGAGACCAAGGCAUCAAUUCGAGCAAAACACUGACACUCGACCUUCGGAACUAUCAGCCGUAAAUGUGACGGCUGGGGUCGAGAUAACUAUGCUUUUCGUGUGAUGGCGUGCAGCAAAAUGGGAAAGGCUAUAUGACGGUUUUUGAGGUGAAAUGCAUGAUGCGCAUUCAAGGAGGUAUUAGGCCUUUUGCGAAUUCCGGGCGUACGAUUAUCAGACAGGGCUAAAUGAAGAGACAGCCACCUUUUUUUUUAUUGCAAUGUGUGCGCCGGACAAAGUG